UACGUAAUUGUUUUCAUUUUUGGUUUAUUUUAUUUUUGUAAAUAAAAGGAUGUAUCUAUAUUAAAUCCGUGACUUCUAUCGAAAAGAAACGCUCGUUUCGAACUAAUUAUGGCAGAGGAAGACGAAAUAGACAUAGUAGGCGAUUUUUCAUUCAACUCUUGUUUUGCCCAAAACAAUCAAGGAAUACCUUCCUGCUCAGAUCGUGAGGACACUGUCCAUCCUCAAUGGCUCCUGGACUCACCAGCAACCAAUUGGUAUGAUGUUGAUAGUAAAAGGCGCAAUGAGGGACCAUCUCGUAAACUCUCUGGUAAUAAUUCUAGAAGCAAGAAUGAGAAUUUUAUACAGACUGUGUGGAGUGCCUCAGAAAAGGACUUACUUGUCAAAGAAAUGUCAAUUCAUGGAAGGGAUGUGGACAAGAUCUCCAAAACAUUAAAAACAAAAAGCAGAACCGAAAUUCAAGCAUUGAUAGAGGCAGAGUAUGGCAUAGUGCUAGAUGCACCACAUCUUGGUGUUAAAGCUGAAGACAUAGACAAUGUACCUGCGGUUGUACAAGAAGAAGUAAUAGCUGAUGUCGGCACACCCGUCAUAAAUAUGACAGAAGUUAUAGACAUGGUCUCCACAGGCACACCAACAAUUCCAGUGAAGAAAACUAAACAGAACUCCAAAGAUCUUUUAAUGGUUAACCCAUCGGAAAUCUUAUAUGAAGACGACUUAGCAGUAUCAACAGAAUUAAUUAUAGCAGAAGAUGCAAUAAAGAGGUCUAAUAAGAAAGAAAGAGGAAGAGAGGAGAAGAAAAUGGGAAAUCAUAGAAGAAAAGGCCAUGCCAAUGUUAGAUGGAGGAAACAGGAAGUGAAAUCUCCAAAGCGAAUUAGGAAAGACUCUAGUAUGAGUGAUGAUAGUACAAAAAAUGCUAAGAUGCAUAUUGUGUUCAGUUCUGGUCAGGCGUUACCAGUUUCUGAAGGGGAAGAAGUUAUAAAAAUAGAGAAAAAGAAGGAGUCUGAGUGUGAAAGUGACAUAGAGGUGGACAUAGAUAGUGAUACCGAGCAGGACUCACCCAAAAAGACUGCCAUAAACAAUAAUAAAGAGAUUGUGACUGAUAAAAGAAGUGAUAAAGUGGAAGCGGCACGGAAGUUUGAACCUAUGCCUAAAAGAAAGAAAAAGAUCAAAGUGGACGGCGGCGGCGGCUACACUAUAAUGCAUACAGAGGCGGGCGACUUGUACGAGGUGCGGGAGGAGCCUCGUCGGGAACGAGCGCCGCGGGCAGUGCCCAUACAGCUGUACCCCUGUAGAGUGUAUAACGCUGAGAAACCGGCGCCGUUCACGGUGCAGAUGUGUGUGUCGUGCCUGGUGUGUGCGGACGCGCACGCGCACACGUCGCGCGCGGAGGUGGCGGGGCUGCUGGGCGGGGCGUGGGCGGCGCCGCGCCUGCGUGUGCGCACGUACGCGCGAUUACGGGCGCACUCGCAGCGGACGUGCUGUGAGGCUGAUCCGGUGUCCCAAGCGGAGGCCGCAGAGAGUAUCCGCGCGGGCGGCGACGCCGUGGUGGGUUGGCACCACUCCCACCCGCAGUUCCGCGCCGCCCCAUCCGAUACUGACCUCCGCUCGCAGCAGGCGCUCCAGGACUUGCCCGCCGCGGCGCCAGCUGUCGCGGUCAUUACUAGCCAGCGCUGGCCUGUUGGCCGCGAAGCAUCUGUGUACAGAUGUUUCCGCGUGGAGGGUACUGAAGGCGGUCUCCCAGUAGGCUACAGUCUGCCGGUGUCGCUGGCAGCAGACAUAUGUCGCGCGACGCUGCCGGAGCUGCUGCGGCGGCUGCGCGACGUGCUGGCGCCGCCCGACGCGGAUCCCGUCGAUAUCGCGCGCGACGUCUGCCCGCUCGCUAACAAGACUUACUUGGAGAAGUUGAUAUCGAGUGUAUCUCACCACAUGCGGUCAGCGGGGUACGCAGACGGCGACCCAAUAGUGGAAGACUUGAUCAAAGGCAUUCGGGACAUAUUCAGAUAGAUCUCUAUAUCCUUACUAUAAAUACAAUCUCGCCAUGUUGCAAAAAAUUAAAGAACUGGAUUGAAAUGUGCAGUGCAGGUUUUCAUAAUUAUUUAUUAUUUCGUUUUCAAUUGAAAGCAAUCUAUUUCAUAAGAGAUUUUUAUUUUUAAACAGUAUUAAGUAUGUGUAAUGUGAUAGACAUUAAACGGUUGGAGUCAACACUU